AUACCACAAAGGAGCACUAAAAAAAACUGCCUCCAACUAGACCAGAAUUAGCAUGCACUGAGAUCUCUCUCCCCAUUCCUCACUGGCGGCACCGAUGUCGACGAUUAUGGGAUCUUGCAGAGCUGCAGUGAGCCGAUCGCCGGUUCUGCCAGCUUCCUCUCUCGUGCUUGCCCGUGAUUCGUGGAAGCCUGCAGUGGCCGCAUUCCGACCUUGUGCCGGCGUUAAGUGCCGGCGACCACUUACCGUGACCUGUGCGCUCCCGGAGAAAGAACGGCCACCGGCGUUCAGCAUCCCGCCCACCGCUCUGCUGUGCCCGGUGCCGCCGCCGGACGGGAAGGAGCGGUGGGACAUCAAGGAGGAGGAGGACCGCGUCACGCUGUGGCUGCAGGUGCCCGGGCUGUCGGCGAGCGACAUCGAGGUGACCACCGGCGAGGACGUCCUGGAGAUCAAGCGGAAGGUCACGGCCCAGCAGCCCGCGGCGGCCGUGGACGCGCACGGCGUGGGCGCGUUCCACAUCCGGCUGCUCAUGACCAAGGAGUACGACGGCACCAGGGUCACGGCCGACCUCAAGGCCGGCAUGCUGGAGGUCACCGUCCCCAAGGACCCGCAACGCGGAAGCGAACGCGUCGAGCUGGGGGCGACCGUGCCCCGGGGAAAGGAGACCACGAAGAAAGGUGGUCCCGACGGAACGAAACCGGACCAAACCCCGGGCAAACAAAAGACAGGGGGUCUAGCUAGCUGAGGGCUUUGCAGUCUCCGUCGGCCUCCUGCUUUCCUACUGUGUUGAAAUAAAUCUCUCAUUUUUAGUUCCCGAUGGAGUGACGGAGAGAGACUCAAGCCAGCAAUCGGCUUAGAUCACUGGCCCGAAGUGAGCUCUUGCGCAGUUUGUCGUAUCUCGUGUGUAUCCUUGACGAACAUUUCUCUAUUUCUUUACGAGGAUCAUUUCCGGUUAUUUGGUUCGUUUAUGGGGAAACUUGAUUGUACCACAA